ACGCGCAAUAAAAUUAUGUUAUUUCUGAUUGUGUUUGAUCAAUCAACUGUUUCAUCGUUCUGUCUUCAACAAUGGCUGCUUCUCCGAAGAAAGCUGCUUCUCCGAAGCGAUCUCAAUCGCCGACUAGGUCUCAAUCUCCGACCAAGAGAGCCAAGUCUCCCAAGAGGGCAAAGUCUCCCAAGAGGGCCAAGUCUCCUUCCAAGAAGCGAGCCAGGUCCCCGAGCAGGAAGAGCAAGCGUGCGGCUCACCCUCCCGCUAGCAAGAUGGUGGCGGCUGCCAUUUCUGCCAUGAAAGAUCGUCGUGGUUCGUCCGCUCAAGGCAUCAAGAAGUACAUCGCAGCCAACUUCAAGGUAGACACGGCCAAGGAGGCUCAUCACAUCCGCCGAGCUCUCAGGUCUGGCGUGUCCAAGGGUUCUCUUCAGCAGGUCAAGGGCAACGGUGCUUCGGGUACAUUCAAGCUGACAGCCAAGCCCAAGAAACCCGCCAAGUCCAAGGAAGCCGCCAAAGCCAGGGCAGCCAAGGCUAAGGCACGGGCUGCAGCGAAGAGGGAGAGGGCAAGAGCAAGAAAAGCAGCUCAGAAGGCCAAGAAAGCAGCAGCAGCAGCCGCCAAGAAAGCCAAGGCUAAGUCUAAGAAGGCCAAGAAACCUGCCAAGAAAGCAGCCAAACCCAAGACAGCAGCCAAGCCCAAGAAAGCAGCCAAACCCAAGAGGAAGGCAGCCAAGAAAUCACCAGGGAAGAAAGCAGCCAGACCCAAGGCAGCUAAGAAGGCACCAGCAAAGCCCAAGAGAGCAGCAGCCAAGAAGGGAAAGAAGACAGCCAAGAAAUAAACACGUCUUGGUCGUCUCAUCAAAACAAACGGCUCUUUUCAGAGCCACCAAAUGAAUA